UUUGCUGCUGGGAGAAAGAGACUGAACACCAUUGGAAGAAGGGUCUGUACAGAGAAGACAUGAAGAAUAAUUCUAGAGACAUGGCAUCUCUAGGUGACAGCAUUACAAAGAAGAUCAGAGGGGAAAUCUCUGAAGAAGUAAGCCCUGUGCCUGAUGAAGUACAUGUCACUUCUUCAGAGAAAGUCAAGGACAAAGUUUCUUCAAAGCCUGAGGGCUGUAAAACUAGCCCGAGACCUGAGACGAGUCGUCCACAUAAGACUCUUCUGAUGCAUGCAGUUAAAUGCAAGUUGGAACUUGAGAACUCUGAAGACAAAGGUGAGGGGUGUGCAAUGGACAACAAAAAUGAAGAUCACCAUUGGGAAGCCUCCAAGCAAAGGGAACUUCUUAUGUCUGACAGAACAGCCAAGGGGAAUGUUUUGAAAACUCCUGAACCUGCCAGAAGUCCACAUAGGCCAUGGGGAAAAUGGGAAAAUGGCUUGAAGAAGAGAGAGGGCGAAUCUGCUGUUUGCCAAGAAAGUGGAAUUGCAGGCCAGGAAGGUGUCUGUGAAGGUGGGAGACAGGAGACGUCAAUGCAGUGGAGGGAUAGCUCAGACCUUGCUGUGUAUGGCGGAGCCCAAAUAGAGGAGAAAAUAUACCAAUGUUUGUAUUGUGGGAAGUCCUUCAAUGCUCACUUUAAACUCAUUAGACAUCACCGAAUCCACACAGGAGAGAAACCAUACAAGUGUUUGAAUUGUGGUAAGAACUUUGACCAGAAAGGAAAUCUUAUUGCCCACGCAAGAAUCCACACGGGGGAGAAACCAUAUGUGUGCUCUGAUUGUGGGAAAAGCUUCAGCCAUAAAGGAAGUCUUGUUUUGCAUGUGAGAAUCCACACUGGAGAGAAACCCUACAAAUGUCCUGAUUGUGGGAAAAGCUUCAGCCGUUCAGGGUCCCUUAAAGAACAUGAGAAAACUCACACGGGAGAGAGACCGUAUACAUGUUUAGACUGUGGGAGGAGCUUCCGAAAAAUCUCUGAGCUCACAACACAUCAUAGAUUCCACACAGGAGAGAAACCAUAUAAAUGUUCAAGCUGUGAAAAAUCCUUUAGUACGAGCUCUAACCUCAUUGCUCAUCAGAGAACACACACAGGAGAGAAACCAUAUAAGUGUUCCGAGUGCGGGAAGAGAUUUAGCCAGGCUGGGAACCUGAAGGAACAUGAGAGAACUCACACCGGAGAGAAACCCUACAAAUGUCCCGAUUGUGGGAAAAGCUUCAGACAAAUCUCUUACUUUAUUAAACAUCACCAGAUUCAUCUUGCUGAUGAGGGAGUGCGCAUGGAAGAAAAACCACACAAAUGCUCUGACUGUGGGAAAGGUUUCAGUGAGAAAGCAAGCCUCAUCAGACACCAGAGAAUCCAUACAGGAGAGAAACCAUUCCAGUGCUCAGACUGUGGGAAGAGCUUCUGUUUAAAGUCCAACCUUGUUGUUCAUGUAAGAAUACAUACAGGGGAGAAACCAUACACAUGCUCGGAGUGCGGGAAAAGCUUCAAUCAGACGUCAAGCCUUCAUAAUCAUGAGAGGACCCACAAAGGGGAGGAGCCCUAUAAAUGCUUAGUGUGUGGGAAAAGCUUCAACCGGCCAUCACAGCUUAAAGCCCAUGAGAGAACUCACACUGGAGAGAAGCCAUACAAGUGCUUGGAGUGUGGGAAGGGCUUUAUUUACAACCAUCACCUUGUCAGGCAUCGGAGAAAUCACACUGGAGAGAAGCCAUAUCAAUGCUCCAAGUGCAGGAAGGGAUUCAGUCUGAAAUCAACUCUUAUUAAGCACCAAGACAUUCACACAAGAGAGAAACCAUAGUAACUCUUCAGCUAGGCUUAGUGAAACACCUGAGAAUCUGUGUUGGUGUCAGGAUUUGAACUCACAGCACGAGCCCUGAGACAUGUUGCGGGGGCUUCUGACUUUUUGCCAGAGAGGCUAAAGUUCUAUACCUUGAUCUCCACAAAAGCUCCGAGUAAAGUUUUCCCAGGUUUUUCUUUACUACAAGAAAACAAAAAAGCACAUGAAUAAUAACAAUAAUAAUGUUACGUUGUUAUAAUGUUGUCCUCCCUUCCCCUCAUUUUAUCCUCACAACAAUCCUACCAGGUAGGUUAGCUAUGACAGAGUGGCCCCAAGUUCAGGACUUCCCCACUAUACCACACUGGCUUUUGGUGAGGACCAUGUGCACAUUGCGCAAGAAAAUUAACACUGGCAGAAAUGUUUUGGAAUAUUCAGAGUGUGGCAAACCAACAUGCUGAGCAAGCUUCAAGCUGUGCUACACACAUCUGUCCCUGGUUUGUGCCUAAAACUAUCCUUGCAUGCUUCGAGGGGACUCAUCCGGUACAAUGGCCAUGUGCCUUCAAAUACCAGUUGUAUCACAGGGGGAGGGGGAGAAGGAAGAAAAAGGCUCUUGGCCUUCAUACCCCUGCUAGAUGGUUUCUGGAAAGCUUCUAGCAGGCCAUUGUGGAAAUGAGUUUGUCAGACUAGACUAGACAGACCUUUGGUCUGAUCCUACAGGGCUCUUUAUGGUGUUCUCAGAGGUCUUUAAAAGGGGUUAGGCAAAGUCAUGGAGGAUAAAGUCAAGUCCAUCAAUGGACUAUUGUUAGUCACAGAAACCUCCAUGUUUAGAGGCAGUGUAUCUCUGAAUAACAGACCUGGAGAGCAAACUCCAAGGGAGGGCUGCUGCUUUGUGGGGGGGGGGGCUUCCAGGAGGCAUGCAGUUGGCCCCUGUUGGAAACAUCCAGUUGGACUAGAUGGAUCUAUUAUCUGAUCUUGGUAGGGUCAUUUUAUGGUCAGAUGGUCUAUGGUUCUUAUGGUCAGAUAGGCUAAGAGGGUAAACUAUUUUUGAAAGGUGUGAAAGAUACAUUAAUAGUUUUUUAAUUGAGUAGUCUUACCUUUUGGAGUUGUUGUUGUCACACAUUCCAUAAGCUAGAAUUUUGUUCUUCACACUGUGUUGUUGCAGAGUUGGGCGGUAAAAAGCAAUGGACUGGAAAAAUGGAACUCGUGAAGGUGUUAUACCCAAGAGUUAGACUAUUUAGCUUCAUAACUGUCUUUCCUGCCUGUCAGCAGACCUCUGGCAGAGAAAGGCCCUUCCCAGCACCAGAGAUCCUUUUUAACAGGGGCUACGGGGGAUUGACCCUGAGACCUUCUGCAUGCAAAACAGGGCACUCUUCUCAGAUAUGUGGCAGUUCCAUGCUCGUGUCAAGGCACAGGCACAAGAAGUCUUAUUUGGCUGGAUGUAAAACUGAGUCUAGAUCCAAAUACAUUUGGGAUUUCCAAUCUAGAUUAUAAACUUGAAAGCACACACCUUCUUCCUCCAACUAUGUUACUCUGUCAAAUACACUGAUGGUGCUGUAUUAGGUAUAAUAAAUGCAAGUAUUUCCUGGC